AUGAAUGGAAAGGGGAACGCGCGGCGGCCGAGGGCGGGCGGAGGAGGCCGGGAGGCCGGCGAGGUCGUGGAGGCCGGGGAGGCCCGGAGGCCCGCCCCGCCGGCCCUCCUGCCCCCGCCCGCCCCGCGGGCCGGCCGGGGUCUGCAGCCGGGGAGGCGGCGGGGCCUGGAACGCCGGGUCACCGGCUUCCCGGCUCCUGGGGCGUGGCCUGCCCUGCGGAGGGCUGUGGCGGGACCCCCAGUACCGCGGUCCGGGAGGGCUGCGGGGCCGCGGCUGCCUUUCAAGUCCGCCUCGGGAGUCCCGGCCCGGGGGCGCGGACAUCAAAGCCGCGGGCCGGCAGAGCGGGCGGCGCAGGGCGGCUUCGCGGCCCCUUUCAUCCCCGCGGCGCGCAGAUUGCGGAAGGGCCUGCGCCUGCCCCCGGGCGAGUCCCCGCGGCGGCGGGAGGACGAGCUCGGCCGGGAGGGGCCGCUUGGCCGGGCGACCUCGCGCCAGCCCCUGCCGGCCUCUGGGCCCAGCCGCCCUGCUCAGGAAGCCCUGGCACGGGUCUCGGCGGAAGGGGGAGUUUGGGGAAGGGGCCUUCGGGAACAUUCUCAGCCUUUGGAUGGCUGCAUAGAAGCAGAGCUGAGCAGCGCGGGGCUACCUCGGGGCGCCUGCCCUCACCCCCCACCAUCGCUCCGCACAGCCCCAGCCCUGGCCUUGAGUAGCCUGGGGACGGCCCUGCCUUCAGCCUGCAAAGACCACAGUAGAGGACCGCGCCUGCCCUUGUCGCCAUUCUCAGCUGCUCUCAACCUCUCUCCCCGCACUGAUCUAUGCAGUAGAUUAAGGUCAUCCUUUCUCAGAUGGCAGCAGCGGAGCAUGAAACCAGCUCGGGCCGCACCUGGGCAGCAUCCAUCUGGGACCGUCCACCAGGACUGGUGCAGGGACAGGAAGCCCACUGCCUCCCUCAUAGCCGAUACACAGCCGCUCAAGGACUGCCUUCCGGAAGGAGCCGGGGCGGGCAGGCCGGGGUCUGCUGACUGCGGGCCUGCCCUCAGAGCCUUGCGUUCUGGACAAGGGACUCAGACCUGCUUCCUCGAGGACACCUCAGCCUCGGGGGUGCGCAGCUGUGUGGCACUGGCCAAGCACUUGGCCUCUCUGUGCCCUGGUUUCUUUGUCUACGGGGACAUGUCUACUUCCCAGAGUUGUGCCCUCUUUGAAGGGGAGGUGAGCUCUCGGCGUGGGAGUGUGCACACAGCACACUCGUGGCUCUUUGCGAUUUCCGCUGGGCCCUGAGCUCUGGGAGGGCCGGCCAGGUCCCCCUGGCCCUCGUGCAUCCCAGGUGCCUGUGAACAUUGCAGAACUGCCUGUGGCUAUACAGGGGACCAGCCAGCCUGCGAGGAGCGUCCCUCUGGACAACAUGCUUCUGGUGCAGGAGAUUCCUGCAAGUCUUUUGGGGUCACUGGAUCUUCAGUCACCAGAGCUGGAAGUCUGCUCAGAGCCCAGCAGGGUUCCUGGGAGUUCAAGGGCAUGUCCCAAGUCCCACAGCUAGGGAACCCCCAGCAGGGGAGUUGUUGAGGGUUCUCCAGCUCCACCGUGGGGGGACAGACAGCUGCUCCUCAUACCCCAGGCUGGCUGCUGGGGAGAGUUCCAGAGCCGGGGGGACACCUGGCCUGGCCUGUGAUUCUGAGCCGAUUCUGGCUGACCCUGCCCAGCACCCAAGUCUAACUCCAAUGGGCCCAAAUUGUGCAGUGAAUGUCACUUGUGCUGCUGGGGCUGCCUGGAGGCGGCGACACGGGUCUGCACGUCUGCACGGAAGAGUUUCACCUCCUCCCACAGGAGCCCUUGGAAGCUGCAGACCAUCUGCCACUCAGGGCAGAUUCAGGAGGUAAUGACAGAAGGACCCAGAGAGGCAGAGGGCAGGACUGCGUGUGCUCCCGUCCUGGCGGGGAGACUCCAGCCUGCCCCUGCCUCCCCCACACCUCCCCCCUCCCUCCCCGUCUGGCUCUGACCACGCCCACCUGCUGCUGUCAGAGGGUUGGGACCCUCUGGUCUCUCACAGCCACAGCACCCCUGGCUGGCUCCUGGAAUUGCCCACGGGGGUCCCGUCCCCAGCAGACUGCAGGCUCCCCAGGGCAGGCCAGGCAUUCUGCACCCCUGCGAGCUCGGCCCGCGCGUGCGUGGGGGGCGCUCCGUGCCGCCAUCCACUCCGGUGGCUGCAGCACAGCCUGGUGGCUUCUAAGAAGCAGAGGUCACUCUUGGCAGUCUGGGCCCCAUGGCAGGCUCUGGUGAGGGUUCCCUCCGGGUCGCAGAGGGCUGGCUUCUUGCUGCGUCCUCGUCCUCGAUUGGCCAGCUAGAUGGCUGCCCUUCAGAGGGCGCUCCUCUCGUGGGGAGGCGCCGCUCUCGCGACCCCAUGCCUUCCUGGCCCCGUCCUCAGACUGCCACCCGGGACUAGAAGCCAACACAGGAACCCAGGACAGUGUGUGACCGUCACUGAGCCACGGGGCACCCGCCUGCGGCUGGCUUUGCUGGGCUUCCACAUCUCCAGGGGUCCCCUUGCCCCACCUCUCCCUCUGGUCCCCCUGGAGUCCGCCUGCCCUAGAGGGACCCCUUGCUCUGUUCCGCUUGUCUGAUUCCACAUUCCUGCCAACCCCACCUGCUCCUAAUAAACCUCUU